UUUUGGAUCAGCAUCCAUCCGCAAAUUUCGAAUACGAAAUUCACAAUUUGAAACAGUAAAACUGACCGCAGGUCAGUUCUAUUUAGUCUAGCAUAUUCCGCUUCUUUUGCAGAGGACCUCACAUGUCGUUGUGGGAAUAUCUGUGAACUUUUGGUACAGUAGGGUACAGUAAGAAAUGUAUACGUGUAAUGCAUCAUAUUACAAACCUAAAAUCCAUUAGAUGUCAUGGCGAUUAGUGUGGUAAAGGAACUUCUAAGAAAUUUUGUAAAGGAGGCUCGUGAGCUUUAUAUCAGCGAUGAAGUGCCGUACUUGGAACAACCGAUUCCCCCGCUGGAUUUUUAUCGGGAAUGGAUUAGUCCAAACAAACCCUGUAUCAUCCGCAACGCCUUCAACCACUGGCCUGCCCUUCAAAAGUGGGAUUUUUCUUACCUCAGGGAAGUCGUGGGCUCAAAGGAGAUCAGCGUGGCAGUCACGCCCAACGGCUAUGCGGACGCAGUUCACGAGGACCGCUUCGUCAUGCCGGAGGAGCGGCACAUGAGGCUCUCAGCCGUCCUGGACCUGAUGGAGGAGAAGCCAGGAGGCAGCGGCGUGUUCUACGUGCAGAAGCAGUGCUCCAACCUGACAGAGGAGCUGCCAGAGCUGACUGGGGACCUGGAGCCCCACAUCCCCUGGAUGAGUGAAGCCCUGGGCAAAAGGCCCGAUGCUGUGAAUUUUUGGCUCGGAGAAGCAGAAGCGAUCACAUCAAUGCACAAGGACCACUAUGAGAACCUGUACUGCGUGAUCUCUGGAGAGAAGCAGUUCAUCCUCUUGCCUCCCUCGGAUCGGCCCUUCAUCCCAUACGAGCUCUACCAACCUGCUAAAUAUCAUCAGAAGGAAGAUGGGAGUUUCGAGGUGGUGGAUGUGACAGAUGCAGAUAAGGUGCCCUGGAUCCCACUGGACCCCCUGAAGCCAGACCUGGGGCGCUUCCCAGAGUACCGCUUUGCCCAGCCGCUGCACUGCACCGUCAGGGCGGGGGAGAUGCUGUACCUGCCCUCCCUGUGGUUCCACCAUGUCCAGCAGUCUCACGGCUGCAUCGCAGUGAAUUUCUGGUAUGACAUGGAGUUUGACAUCAAGUACAACUACUUCCAGCUGCUUGAGGCCCUCUCUCAAGCUGCAAGACCACUUGGAGGCAGUAGGGGGCGACAUCCCCAACCAGAGACUGGGGCCCUAUGACAGCAUCCCCAGGGGCCAUGCUGGCAGGUGGACAGCCACACACCUGGAUGAUUUCAGCCGAAGACUGCAUUCCUACGGGGAUAUUCCAGCACACCAGACAGAAUAGCUCUGGGAAUCACUCAGCUUUCUACUUUCCAUCUGGAAGCAUGACUAAUAUAACACAGUGAAUAAGUGUAAUAAAUAUGGUUUUAUUCAACUUCAUCUUAAAAUUUAAUCAAAGGGUUCACAAUAGAAACACUGAGGGUAAAAACAUUCAGAACAUAUCAGCUGAAGUCAGUGCAAAAAAAAAAAAAAGGUUUUUAGAGACUUGUUAAAUAAAAAAAAUGCAUCUCCUCCUGAAGAGCAUGAAGUCAUCGAGAUAAACAUGUCGUAGUAAAAAGCAUAGAUCAAAGCAGAGGGGGACUGCCAAAAUGCAGGCGUUUGGCUAAAUUACAGGACCCAAAUGUACAACCAUGCAGUUUUCUGGGGACAUCCACCCCCCGCCCCCCAACCCCCAUGCAUACAUCCAUGCACCAAGUAUUAAGGAAGAUCCUACAGGCUAACAUCACUAUAGUGUAAAACAAUCCAACAUCACUGUAUGGCUCCCAGUGUAUUUGGUCUUUCUUGUUCUGUAAUUUAAAAUUCUGCCAUCUUGUGGACAAACAUGGUCAGGUCAGUGCUGAGCCAGUAAUUUGCUAUUUAAAAACCUAAUAUAAUAAAAAUCUUAAUUCAAA